UGUUUGGGUUUCAUCAGGAGAUAGGCAUAGCCCACAUGCGUUGGCACCUUUGGCGGAGAAUCUAUGACCUGUACUUAGGGAAUAGGCAAUUUGCAGUUGUUGAGAAUCCAGGAUUCUGGAACUGGACCUUUAGCCUGGUGGAUGAAGAUGACAAAUUGUUGGCUCAGAUUGAUCGUAAUUGGAGGGGCACCGGCUUUGAGCUCUUCACAGAUGCUGGCCAGUAUGCUAUCCGGUUUGGUGAUGAUGUACAAAGCGACAAGUUUGCUCACUUACCGUUUAUUAUAUCUGGGUAUGUGGGUGCCCACUUUUCCCAGUUAGUUAAUGUCUCACAAAAGCUCCAGACCAAAGAAUUGCAUGUUGUUCGCCAGCUGACUUUGCCUGAAAGGGCAGUGGAUCUUGCUCUCGCCAUUUCCUUGGACAGUGAUUACUUCUCUAGAAGAGGUGGCUGGGGACUUCCGUUUCUGAUUGCCACGGAGUAGGCACACGAACCACCAUCUGCCAUAUACAAGGAAUUUCUUUAUUCUCAUUCCUGAAGAGGCUAGCAGUUACACUCAUUACUGUUGUCAGGUGAUUGGCAUCAUCGCUAGAGGCAGAAACUGUUUCUACCGUUCUGCGUGCUUCUGACUCAUUACUGUUGUUAGG